CAGCGCACCCCUAUUAUGAGUAAAAUAGGUGUUUAGUUUAAUCAUGUGUCUGCUGAAUUUCAUGUGGCGUGUUUUCCCUUAAAAUGAAUGUGUCCGAUGAGUGGCGCUCUUACUUUGUGAACAUUGUAAAUGCAGUUUCGUCUUCUAUUGGUGAGGAUGUUAUAUUUGACUCAAAUGUAGUUAUACGUCGCUUAGACACUGUAUUCGACAGUCUGUCGGAUAACGAUGGAAUCACUGAUCCAGCCUUGUUUAGCAUCCUUGACGUUUUUGGUGCUGGAUUCUACAAUAAAGAAGCCUUUUGCGCUUCAAUAAAAGAUUGUACUCAUUCUGUGAUGGACAAUUCAGGGCACAAUGCAUCUCUGGGUUUGUCUAAAUUACGGUAUCUCUGCACCGCUUGUUUACUGAACCCUAAUACAUCUGCCAUUAUCGCAUCUUCAGCUCCUGAUAUUACAUUGUCAGUCUGCAUGGAAUUGUUACAAUCAAACAGAAUAGACAGAGGUCUACUUUUAGAGCGCUUAAUAUUAUUUUGGCGACUGCGUCACGAUUUUCGUCUUCGUCGUUCAUCUAGGCUUAUUUUGUACAACAUCUCGAAGGAAGACGGUUUAAAUGACGCAAUAGCAGAAGAUUUAGCCAGUCGAGCACUCGUUUCUAAUGAUGCGCUUCAAUAUAAGCUUCGUCUAAUGCGUGAUAUAUCGUUAAUUUUAAUGUCAUUUGGGCGAAAUUUACCUGUUUGUGAAUUAGAGGACAGUUCUUUGCAAGCUAGUUCUCCGUCUGGUAGUUUUUGGAGCCAGGAAUGUAGCUUUGUGGAUAUUCAUAUAAACUUAGGUUCUACUUUGCAACCGUCCUUGUCUUUUAAUUUAUUAUCUAUUGGUCAGAGGACAUCAUAUAUGCGAUCGAUUGCCAACUUGUGUAAUAGUGAUUUUGUGGAGUUACCGUAUUCCUUAGAUGUCCUAUCGAGUAUGUUAUGCAAGGUUGAUGUUGGUAUAGGUUCGGUUAUAUCGGGUGAAAACUGCAAAGAAUAUUACAUACGUGAGUUGGCAACUCGUCUUGGUAUUCCAUCCGACUAUGUGAGCCGUAUAUACACUGACGAGACUACCGAUGUGAAAUCUUUAAUAGGAUACUGGGUUUGUAGUGACAAGGUGGGUGAAUUUAAGUUUAUUUAUGGCGUGUUAACUAGUGCCAUGCGCGAUGGUCGUUGGUUGAUUUUUGACGACAACAUAUCCGACAGCGUUGCUUGUUUAUUAUACAGCAUCUGUGAGAAUGGCAGUCUGUUGAUUCCGGAGUUGAAUGAGGUUGUUCACGCUUCCAGCACCUUUCACAUUUUCAUCACCACCAAGAAUGUAUCUAUGUUAAACGGGAAUUGUAAAUACUUGCCUGCAAUCAAUAUACCGCCACUGACUGAUUCUGAUUGUCGUUACAUCAUUUCAAAGCGUUGGCCCUCCGUUUCUCUGAUAUGUGACUUAUUGGUGUCUACAUUUUUUUCUUUAAAGGACCACUUAAGUAACCACCGGGGUUUCAACAUAUCGGAUUUAUUUAAGAUUGUGCAUCGCUUACUUGAAUGUGGCACAAGUUUUGAGGGUUACCUUUCAAGUGCCACCAAGGGGUCAAUUUUGGAAGCCUUCUAUGGUGUUCUCUUGGCAGGUAUUUCAUGCUCCAAUACGCGUGAUUCUGUUCUGAGUGAGAUUGGAGAAAGACUUGGUCUUUCUGGGUCAUCAUGCAGUGCGCUUUUACCGCUGAACCAAAUAAAAGAACGUGAUAAUACCAGUGUACACCUUAAGGUUCUGCACCAACUGAUGUCGUGUUACCUCUAUAAUGAACCUGUAUUAUUGGUUGGUGAGACCGGUACCGGUAAGACGGCUAUAGUUCAACAAUUCGCUAAGUUAACUGGUAAUGUUCUUAAGGUAUAUGUGUUUAGUGAUCAAUCCGAGGCUGAAGAUUUGAUUGGCGGUUUUUAUCCAGAUAACAUGGCUGAUGUUUGCAAAACGCUGUUUCAAAAGGCUAUUGAUAUUUUGUUACGUUGUUGUGUGAUAAAUGACAACUUACUAUGUUUUUUUGAGCACGUGUAUGAUCUUUUACACAAAGGAUUGCAUCGCAUGGUUUUACGCACUAUAUCAGCUUGUGCAUCUAAGUUGAGUUUGUUACUGACUGGUGAGAUUUCUAAUGAGCUAUCUACACUUCGUGGUGACUGCAACUUGCGUGGUGUAUGUGAGCCUAUGAGAAUAGAUUUGAACCUAUCACUUCUUCAGCAGCCUUUGGACUCUAUUUCUGAAGCAGGGGAGACCAUUUUACAAAAAUACGUAACAAUGCUAAAAUCAACCGGUGCACCACUUCAAUUUAAGUUUGAAGACGGUUUAUUGAUUCGUGCUAUGCAAGAAGGCUGGUGGAUUUUACUUGAUGAAAUCAAUUUGGCACCAUCAGAUCUCCUUCAGCGUUUUGUUGGUAUCCUUUCAAACAGACGUAGAACGUUUGAGUUGUAUGAGUGUGGCAGUCGUGUCAUUGAUAUACACGAAAACUUCCGUAUAUUUGCUUGUAUGAACCCUCCUACCAUUAGAAUGGGUGACGUAGUGACCUUCACGAGUGGUAAGAAGGAGUUGCCCUCGAAAUUUCGCAUGGAUAUGACUGAGAUUUUUGUUGAUGAAGUUAGCACUAUAGACGACAUUUCCAUUGUGAUUGGUUCUUAUAUAUCUGUGGAUGACCGUAGCAUCCCUAGUGCUGAUAUUGCUCAUUUUUAUUUGAAGGCAAUUGAACUAUGUCGUUCUGGUGCACUAGAGGACGGUUCAUACAAUUCGCCGACGUUCACUUUACGCAAUUUAGUGAGAUGCCUGUAUUACAUUCAGAAUGUAAUGCAGCGUAGUCACCGACCGGUUAGGAACGGUCACGAGGCAUUUGUUGAUGGUUUCUUAUCAUGUUUCGCUUCUUCUUUGGGUCCGGUAUCAUAUGCAAAAUUGGCAUCUUUGUUACCUACGAUACCGCGCGACCUAAGUUUACCUUUUGAGGAGAGUGUAAACUACGUUCGUGUUGAAGGUUAUUGGAUCAGAAGAGGUACUGAGCCUAUUGAACACCAAGGGCACUUCAUAGUUACUCCAAACAUUGCGAAGAAUCUCAAGCGUUUAUGCCGUAUCCUCAGUGGUUUGCGUGUUCCAGUGCUUUUAGAAGGCCCUACAGCAGCCGGUAAAACCUCGUUAGUACAGUACUUAUGUGCAAUUACUGGGCACAGGUGCGUGCGUAUAAACAACCAUGAGCAUACUGAUAUAUCAGAGUAUUUGGGCCAGUUUGUUUUUGAUGUUGCUUCGUCUAAGUUACGUUUCAAUUACGGUCCUAUAGUCACGGCUAUGAAGCAAGGCGACUGGGUCAUUCUUGACGAAUUGAAUUUAGCUCCAAGUCAGGUUCUUGAGGCCAUUAACCGCAUUUUGGAUGACAACCGUGAAAUUUACAUUCCGGAGACCGGUGAGACUAUAAAGUCACACCCUGAGUUUAUGAUUUUCGCUACUCAGAACCCUGCUAACAGCAUUUAUGGAGGCCGUAAGCAGUUGUCGAAGGCAUUUUGCAAUAGAUUUGUGCAACUUUAUAUUGAUUGUUUAGACUCUGUUGAUUUACAACAGGUACUUCACCAGCGUUGUUUAAUACCACUUUCUCGUGCUGAGAGGAUAGUUUCUACAUUUCAGGCUCUUCUUACAUGUCCCUUGAACUCCAUGGCUUUUGAGCGUCACAGUGUGAUGAUUACAUUGCGUGAUUUGAUACGUUGGGGGAACCGUGUUCGUGACAAUGAUGAGUGUUUGGCUUAUUACGGCUGGUGCGUGAUAGCCGAUAAGUUACGCGACCCCUUGGACAAGGAUAUUAUCCGGGACAUUUUGGAGCGCUGCUGCUUAUUGUCGAAUCCAAACAAGCCUAAAAAAUUGGUGGUUGACUACACGUCUGAUGCAUUCGUCAACAAAUUUAUGGCAUCUAGAGGGAUCACCAUAUAUGAGCUGUUUAAGAGGGAACGGUACCUUUGGUUUGAGGGAACUACUGACCGAUUGUUGGCUUUGCUUAUCGCUGCUAUUGAAAAGAGAGAACCUGUUCUCCUAGUGGGUGACACUGGCAUUGGGAAGACUACCGUAUGUCAACUUUUGGCCAGGCUUAAUAAUUGUGAGUUGGAAGUGCUAAACCUCAGUAAAAAUACUGAGGCUAGUGACUUCAUUGGAAGCUUCCGUCCGAUACGUGGUUUGAGGUCAUUCCAUGCUAACAUGUGCACUUUGGUUGACUACUUUGAGGAUGAUUUGCGUUGCCAUGAUUUGGUCACUUUCCUGCGUGAAUCCAUUUCGAUACCCAUUAGCCAAAUAGAUCGUGAUCGUAUGAUUGAAACGUUAAAUCACGUGAACAAGUUGUUAGAAGAUGACGUAAUUAUACCCAAUGUCACUGUUGACCGCGACGCCAAACGGCAGAAGAAGAAACCCUGUAAGCAAGAGUUGAUUAACAUAUGCACCAACCUUAUACGAUCUUUCUCCAAUGUGUUAUUUGAAUGGGUUGAUGGUCCACUGACCAGAUCAAUGGAAAAAGGUCAUUGGUUUCUCGCUGAUGAGAUUUCACUAGCUGAUGACGCGGUUUUGGAGAAGAUGAAUUCAGUUUUGGAAUCUGAAAGCACGUUGACUAUCCCUGAAGCUGGCGGGCGUAAUUUACGCGUUUUAAAAGCUCAUGAGCAAUUUAGGUUUUUGGCUACAAUGAAUCCCAGUGGCGACCAUGGUAAACGUGAACUCAGUCCUGCUUUAUUGAACCGCUUUACUGUGAUAUACAUCCCAACACCUGAAUUCGACAGCUGUGAUGCUAUACGUAGUGUAGUGGACAAAUACAUCAUUGGGGCUCCCGAUUGGAUUGCAUUUUCAAUGUCUGAUGUCGUUCGUCUUUACAAUGGUCGAUCUUCAUACCAGAAGUUGACUCUUCGUGAUAUAAUUAAAUGGGUUGAGUACAUGGGCAAAGACGUAUCACUAGAUUCGUUUUUACAUGGUGCGCAUGUGGUAUUCUUGGAUAAAUCCAUGCCAAAUGACUCCCCUAUAGUUUUGCGUGACGUUUUGGAGAUUGUUUGUAGUUAUGUGCCUGGUAUUGACGUUGAUGCCAUGUGUUCUACUUUUGGCGACAUUUCAUGGGUAAUAUCCGAACUAUCUCGGUGUGGCACUGCCGAUUCUCUACCGAGUUUUGCUUUGGGUUCUAAAAGCAGCUUAUCUAUGUUUGGAAAGAUAUUACGAGCUCUUAAGGUAGAUCGUCCAAUAUUACUUGAGGGUGAACCUGGUGUUGGCAAGACUGCCAGUAUAGGUGCGUUGGCUACCAUUUAUGACACUAAAUUAGUCCGUGUCAAUCUGUCUGAGCACACUGACAUUAUGGAUUUAUUUGGGUCUGACAUCCCAAGUGGUUCUGGCGACGCUUCAAGAUUUCGGUGGCAUAAUGGUCCAGUCCUCGAUGCUGCUAUUAAUGGUCACUGGGCCGUUCUUGACGAGUUGAAUUUGGCUAGUCAGCAGGUUCUCGAGGGUUUGAAUGCGUUGCUAGAUCACCGAAGGGAGACUUUUAUUCCAGAGCUGGAUCGUUUUAUUAAAUGCCAUGAUAAGUUCCGUUUGUUUGGUUGUCAAAACCCUGUUACCGGUGGUGGUGGGCGCAAGCAUUUGCCAAAAUCGUUUUUGAAUCGUUUCACUAUUUUACAUUACCCAAGUCUAGGCUUUGAUGACUACUGUGCUAUUUUACGUCAUAGGUAUCCAGGCCUUUCUGCUGAUACUAUACACCGUGUAGUACAGUUGUUAUUUGCUAUACGGUCUCUGGAUCAUACGAAUACAUGGGAUUGGAAUCUGCGUGAUUGCAUAAGGCUAUGUGAUGCUUUGAGUGCUGGUCCUAAUUUCGAUGAUUGCUUCCGGUUCAUAUUUAUGUCACGUUUAGAUUCCAAGAACUUAUAUGACGAGAUUUGGAAGUUGCUAGCAAUGUCGGUAACUUCUAACAUACCCAGUUUUGAUAUAUAUCGUGAUCAAUACCCAUCGCCUAUUUCUUACGGUCAUGGUACAGUGUGCAAUCUAUAUACUUAUGAGCCCAUUUGGAUGCAAUCACAUGAGCAGUUGAUUUACUUGGUUGCUAUGGGCACUCACUUGAACUUUCCAGUUCUACUUGUAGGUCCUAGUUUGAGUGGCAAGAAGAGUCUGGUUAAAAGCAUGGCUAGGUCACGUGGUCAGGUGCUUACUGAGAUAACCAUGUUGCCAUGUUUUGACACUGGUGAUCUAUUAGGUGGUUUCGAGCAGGUAUAUACUGAUUCAACGCCCAGUUUCCGUUGGGUUGAUAGUGCUUUGGUGCGCUCCAUUGAAUGUGGUACAUGGGUAUUGUUGAGUGGAAUUCACAAUACCAACCCUGCCAUACUUGAUCGUCUAAAUUCACUGCUUGAGUCUGGUGGUAGUUUUUCAUUGAAUGAAAGCGGUGAUUGCAACCGUGUAAUUCGUCCUCAUCCUAAUUUCCGCAUAUUCAUGACUGCUGAUAGUAGUUACGUUGGGAAGAUAUCUCGUGCUUUCCGUAAUCGGUGUUUGGAGAUCAAUAUGCGGAUGCCAUAUACUGCCAAUCACUGCCCAAUGGCAGCGUCCUUGUGCCCAUUUAUGGCUGAUAUCGUCGGAAGCAUUUCAGACACGUUGUCAAACCUGAUGGAAUUCUCGGGUACCACUAUAGACAUUUUCUUCAAGUGUUGCCAUUUGAUGGACGGCGCUCGUUUAGUACACAGCUUGUGUGGUCGAGAUUGGCACACUUGUGUUGGCAUGUCACUUUGUAGCUGCGUCAUUGGCGCUCACAUGGACCGACUGGGCCACGCAUAUCACGGGCUUUCUUUUUUGAAGCGCUGGAGCAUGAUCGACUUAGGAAUCUUUGAAAGUACUUUAGCCGCUUCACAAUUAUUCGUUCCGGAAGUGCAACCGCUGGUUACUGCCAUUCUGCAAUCAUGUUUACAGUGGUACCGAGAUAAUUCACAAGGACCAAUAUUUAUUGUAACCGACUUUUUAUCUCGUUGUUUAGAUUUCGAGAGCUGGUUACAGCGUGAUUGGUAUGCUGCUAAGCUUGAUAUAGGUAAAUCCGACCCCUGCCGCAUGUUAUGGUACCUUUUGAGAAGCGUUCCGGGAGAUUUCGAUAGCAGGAUGCGGCGUCUCCUGGAAGUGGGCUAUAUUUCCAACUUCAAGAUGUUACAACCAUGGUUGGAUCUCUGGAUGGAGAACAAUAAUUGCCGAUACGAUAUACACACGGCGUUGUAUAUGAUGGUUUCAGGCAGUAUGGAUACCAUAGUGCGUGCACUCGACAAUGUUGACGUCACUGCUAUGAUUGGAAACAUGCGGAUUGCAGUGUCAAAUGGAGCCUCUGUGAAGUCCACUUUGGAUAUUAUCCAGUUUUUGCACUAUCUACUGUAUGCCAAAGCAUCCGGGUCGACGAAGACUGUGGAGUACAUAUACAACAAGCUUUGCUUGACGCUAUCUGGCACUGCUGACUGCAACGUCUUUUUGGGUUACAGCACGCCGUUGUUUCGCAAUCGCAUUCUGGAUGAAGUAGGUCUAAUGUUUGAGCUCCAACGACUUGGCAUGGAUCGUAUAAUUCCAUGCGGGUAUGCCGAUAAGAGUAUUACUGCGGACGCUGUCUUAUCGUUUGUCGAUAGUUAUCUGGAUUCUGAACGUGACUUUCACUUGUCUAUUGAUAGAUUGCUGAAGUUGCCAAUGAAGGACAUUGAGAGCCCAAACACUGCAUUGACUUUCUUCUUUAAUCAGCGAGUGAGGUUUCUCGGAUGCUGGAUAUCUCACCAACACAUUAUGGGUGCAAUAUCUUCUAGUUUAUUCCAAAAGAUGCAUGAAUAUGCAAUGGGUCUUUUGAAUUUAUAUAUAGAGUUACAGUAUGAUUUGCCAGGUUCUACUUUGGCUGUCAUCACUGGGAUAUUGAUAUCACUUCGCAAGAUAUCUUUGGGAGCAGAGGAGCGUCUAUGCGUAUACUCUAUAAUGUUAGAUUCAUGGUCAGUUUUGAAUACGGAUGUCAGUGUUGAACUAGACCCACUAGAAUUCAUGACGAAUUUAGUCAAUGGUACUGUAACGACUAAAGUUGGUGACCGCGCUAGAGGCUUGUCAAAGAUUGACCCACUGACCAGUUUAAUGCAUUUCUGGGAUACCAUAUCAGUUGACAAUGGCAUGACUUCGUUGGAUCUAAACAUUAAGCGUAUUGAUUGCUUGCGUCGGAUGUUAUAUGAUUGCACUCCAGCACCGCAAUGGAGUCCUUUGUUUAUGGUUAUUCUAUUUGUUUCAUCUAUUGUAUCCCGCUCCUUGAACAUAGAUCAAGUGGUUUUAGAAGAUUUUACAAAGUCUCUGUAUUCUGCAAUAAUACGUGAAGAGCCAAUUGAAGUAGAUUUGGUCACUAUGUUUUCCAUUGAUUUGGGCAUUAACUGUGUUUUAGAUGCCACUGACUUUACUUCUGAAGCCACUAUUAAAUCAUUAUCAACGCUUUUAAUGCAUCAUUUGCGGGAACUCUGUUAUUGCGAUGAUCAAGGACGCCUUAGAUGGAUACCACAUUUGUGGCGUAUAGCUGGUCUGCUCCUAAUGUCGUCACUGACUAACAGCCAGGUAGUGAUAUCCGAACUCAGGGAACAGCUAGAGUACAAACACAUGCAACAAUUGCAGGAAAAUCUACAAACUCGUUUGGACACAUUUACAACAUUGGACACUCUUUCUGAUGGCGAUUGCUACAAUGGACAUCAAUAUAUCCGUGAUGAGCUCGGUGGUAUACAACUUGAUAAAUAUCCAAAGCCUUCUCUGCGAUAUUUCCACGGUGACCGGUCUUAUUCCGCACCCAUUGGGGAUAUUGAUACUGUUUCCCUGAUGCUGAAAAUGCGCUCAGACCUUAAUUCUGCUGUCCAGGGUGACCUUAGGGUAUCACAGGAUUUUACAUUAGGUUGCGAUAUCGAUUGCAUACAGAACUUUAGGAGGUACAUUAUCAGGGACUACAUCGUUAUUCCUGAGAUGCUGAUACCCAUUUUAAUAGGUCUAGGGUGUUUAUCAUUUGCGCUGGGACCUGGAAAGAGCCACUCUAUGAUCAGGAAGACAGAACAGAUGAACCGGGUAUCAAACAUGUGCUCCCAAUUCCCGCUAAACUGCUUGAAGCGUGUUAGCAAGGGUGAUCUAAUCUCACUCAGCGCGUUAAUUUAUGAUUCCAAGGGGUGCUAUGACAUUUAUUGCUACGUAAAGUGUUUAAUCGAUUCAGUUCGAGGCGACCUUUUGGUACCAGUAUACCUAGAACCCCUGAAGUAUUCCAUGCUUAUGCUGGCUGGUAUCUACUCUCGCUUGAAGGCUGAACGUUCAGACGGCCAGGCUAUGCGCAUGUCUUUACUACAGUCAUGUAUUGCCAUGGCUCAGCAAAAAGGUGAUGGCGUAUGUGACUUAUUCCCAUCCCAGCAGGAGAUAGUUCGUGCUAUAGUGCGUGACUGUGGCUCCAUUGAGGAGUUUGAAAGUCUAGAUGUCUAUGACGACGUAACUGUGGAUGAACCUGAGCAGAAUCGCGACUUGCGGCGCAUAACAGCGUGUUGCAAAGUGCUGACGAGGACCAUGAUAUCCGCAUCAGCAGGUGCCGUUGAUAUUGACCAGUUGAAUUACACCCAAAAUACAAGGCAAGUGAAUGCAGCGCUCUGCCUCGGUCUGGCCUGUGGUCUUGACACUUCUGCUAUUUCAGGGGUUGAUUAUACCACUUACAUUUUGGCUCAUAUGAUGGGCGCUUCUGAGGAGCACUUUGGAUACAAAAAUACCACGUCAUCGUUUUACAGAUCGGUGGAUAUUGAUUCAUGUUUGCGUGCGUGUGAGUUAAUGGAUCAGCUUGGAAACCGUGUAUCUUCGUUGUUAAAUGAAUUUGAAUCGCAACAGCAAUUGCUUGACGUUCGAUCGUUCCUCAAUUCCAUGUCCAAGCUUAAGUUGCACAAUGUAACUCAGGCGCUGUUAGUCACGCUUUUGGAGAAUUUAGUUGCACGGGUACACAAAUGGAAUUCCAUAUCACACAGUAUGAUCUCCCUACGUGAUAUAACUUCUGAAUUAGAACAAUUGGUGCUAGACCUACGCAAGCGUGAGCUGCAUGGUUGGUACUCUAUGAUUGAUGAGCGCCUAGAGCAUUUCCGUGAGGAUGCUUAUGGAUACCUGAUCCCUCUGAUUGAGAUGUGCAGUGGCAUGCACGAGUCGAAUGUACCGAUUUCACAGAGGGUAUCUACGAGUGUACAUGAACUCACGAAGUUUACACUGUCAGCUCCAGUAGCGCACUUCCAUCCCAUAUUGGACAUGAUACGUGCCGCUACACUAUUGUUUAAAGAUUCUACCAUAGAAGUUGAAAUUGCAAUGGGACGUGCAUUGCGAAAUACGCUAGGGUUUCUGGAGCUAUGGGCGUCGUCUGUUGGAGACAGUAUCGAGGCUUUAGCUAAGGAAGCACGAAGCGAGGUGGGCGAGUUAGUAAAGCGCAUAAACUGGUGUGGCACCGAUUACGUAUCUAUUAGCCUGUUGUUACAAAAACAGAAGUCGCAAAUGUCGUCAGCCAUGCGUAGAUUCCAGGAGGGUUUGUUACAACCGGUGCAGACGGUCAUUCCCAUUUCAUAUGAUCAAUGGGUUAAAGGUGACUUUGCAGGAAACAAUCUCUUGGCAGAUACGUUGGAUCCUGAAAAUGACAUGGAUAUUACCGGAGAAGAGUCGGACACUGAUGUAUGCGAUACUAGUAGGCUUAUAACCACAUUGGCCUCGAACAUCGAGUACAUCAACUCUAGGAAAACAGAUAUAUCUCGUAUCCAGAUUACUCGUAUAACUGGUGAAUUGGGUCGUAUGAUGCACGCUCAAGGUUACUCACCGUCGGUGGGUCAUAACCACAGCGACUGGCUAGACUGGCUUGACUUUGGCAUUGAUAUGCAGCCGCAUGGCUGUGAAGCAGUUAAACAGGCAACGGACUGUAUAUUUCGUUCUCUUCAUAUUAUACAUGAUCUGGAUGCCUUAUUUGCACGUGACAGCGACAAGUUGGACUCCUUUGGUCGCAAUGUCGACGUAAAUCUUUACGGCUACCUUGUUACUAUGCUGAGGGCAGUACAGAGCAAUGUAGUUGAAGACACCAGGCAGUAUACAUCAAGUGCAAUGUCGGGGAUGCGGACUAUGAUAGUAGCUGCCGGUAGCGUCUACCGCAUGGAUCGUUCAUCAUACCAUUCACUGAUAUCGCUACUGGAUGACGUUUAUGAGGCCUGUAUCCAAGGUCAUACCAAGCAUUUGUUGAAUGGUUCAAUAAGGUUUACGUCAGGAAAAGUGGGAUCUACGGCUAUGGCGUUAUGCGAGGAAUUGCCUGGCUUGCUUGUAACAACACAUGGAUUUAGGGUAUGGCUGCAAGGCACGCCUGAGUAUAUGCAAUUUAGAAUUGCCAAGCAGGAGGAAACGCUGCUUAUAUCAGGGGCGUGGUUGGAUAUUGUGCAGUCAUUCGCUAGUUCAGUUAGGAAGAGUCCUGGUUACUCAUCUUCGUUGCAUCACUUUUUUGCGGUUGCAUCUGAUCAAAUUGUUUCCAUCUGUUCCAGGGCUAUUCCGGAAAACGGUUUAAGUGCUGCCUAUACACCACUGGACACUAAAAACGGCGAUUUACCACUGGCAUGCGUCUAUUUGGCACAGCUUAUCAGCUGUAUAAGCCGGGUGGAACCUCCAGCAGAGGAACCUAAGCAGCAGGGCCAUGACCAGUGGUCUGCUGGCACUGGACUUGAGGAUGGCACGGGUGCCAAGAACGUAUCGGAAGAUGUAGAUCCCGACGAGGGGAUGUUUGACAACUUUGCAAAGCAACCUGGAGACACUGGCGAGGUUGGUGAAUCUAACCCGGGAGUGGAUAUAGACAUGGAGUUUGACGGUGACGUACUUGAUAUACAAGCGUCCAGGGAGUGUAGUGACAUUGAGGAGGAAAACAACCCCGGGAACAAUGAUGGUUACGAUGAUUUACAUAAAACCCAGCUGGAUACUGACCUCGUUGAUGAUGAGGGUCCUAUUGAAGACGCAGAUGAUAAGUUUGACAUUGAGGGCGUCUCUAUGGAAGGUGAUUUCGAUACCAUGCCAGAGAAUGAGAAACCGGAUGUUGACACUUCCGGCCAGGGGGACGAGUACAAUAGUGAGGUCAAUCAGCCUGAGCCUGGCCAGGCAAACGAUAUCGAGGAUGACAAGGGGAACGACGCAGACAUUGAUGAGAAUCUACUUGACUCAGAUCUUGAACCGGGAACCGAUAUGGAAGGCGACCAGGCAGUGGAUACCGAGAUGACAGAUAUGGAUCUAGAAGGCAACGACGAAGAAAAGUUUGGCGCUGAUGGAGAACCAAUCCAAGAGCCAGCUCCUGAACUGGACGAACAACAUCCCGAGGCUCAGCCGACAGAUGGCCGCAAACAGCGUGAAUAUGAAGAAACGCCCUAUGGGAUUGAAGGCCGUGGCAAUACUACCAUACACAAUGAGGACAAACCUGAUUCCUCUGGUGCUGGAUACGAGGAAAACUCCACGUCAGGAACGUAUUGGGGUGACGCUGCACGUACUCGAGGCGGUACUAUGCAGAGUUUUCUGGACACUAUUGAGCGUUUGGAAAACCCAUCGGAGAGCGCUAGCAACUCGUCCCUGGAGAUGACGAAUAUACUCGAUUCUGAGAAUCAUGGUGCCAACAGCAACCAUGCGAAAUCGAGUCUCAAUGAACUGGAUGACUCCAGUACACUUGAGGGCGUUUCAAUGUCAAUUGAUGGCCAGAUGUCACAGCAUAUAGACGAUGUACACAUGUCUAAUGAACCUCACGAAUCCAGUGGUCCCAUGGAAGUCAUGGAUCGGAUGGAUCAAUCGGGAGUAUCAUCUGAAUCGGUAGAGCGUAACAGCGCAACCAAGGCAGCCGAUGCUGGUGUAAGGGACACAGUCGAUUACAAUGACGCCGUGGACUCUACAAAAGACACAUCUUCCGUUUUUACUGGCGAUGUCAUGAGAGAUAUGUCAUGUCCUCAAGAUUUUGUGUCUCACAGUGGCGAUAGCCGAACUGUCAACGACCAGUCCAAUGCUUCAGCAAUAUGGCGGAAGUUUUGUGAGGAGUCCAUGGCAGUUUCAACGAGUUUAUGCGAGCAGAUGCGGAUGAUCCUGGAACCUACAUUAAGGUCAAGUCUCCAGGGCGAUUACAAAACAGGAAAGCGCAUAUCUAUUAAGAAGCUGAUGGCAUUUAUUGCGUCCAAUUACCAGCGUGAUAAGAUUUGGUUACGUCGGUCCAAGCCCAGCAAGCGCAACUACCGUGUAGUACUCGCCAUUGACAAUAGUCGAAGCAUGUCAGUUUCCAAUGCCGGGGUACUAGCUCUCAAAUCUUUUGCGUGUAUCUAUCAGGCUAUGUCGUUACUAGAAGUGGGAGAGUUAUCAGUUUGCAAGUUUGGAGGAAACGUGCCGGAGUUGUUGCUAGAUAUGGGUCGCGGUGAGGACCCAUCUCGUGUUAUUUCGGGCAUGACUUUCGACGAGGAAUCUCAUCAUUCCCACGAAACGGGCUUACCAGAACUAUUCAAGUACGUUCUGAGAUACCUGGACGGCCAGACCGAGCACAAAAAGAUAUUGGUCAUCAUAUCCGAUGGCAAGUUUAACAAGGAUAAGGCGCGACCCUGGAUCCAGGCAGCUAUCAGCAGCCAGGUGGUACCGCUUCUCGUUAUUUUGGACAGUACGACUUCCAACAACAAAUCCAUACUUCAGAUGAAGCAGGUGCGCGAGAUAGACGGGAAACUAUGUGUUGAGACCUUUUUGUCUAACUUCCCCUUUCCUUACUACGCAGUUAUACAGAAUCUCGAUCGCUUACCAACUAUUCUUAGCGACUUACUAAGGCAAUGGUUCGCGUUAUCGAACAAUGGUUGAGGGACGCGGGCGUCGUUUGGAUGCUACUGGGUGCACUCGCCUCCAGAGAAUAUAUCGCCUAGAAUAUCAUGGUUCAGUCGUAAAAUGCAGUU